CCGUGGUAGAGUAGGGGAGGGACUUUAUGACUCGAAUACAAGAGAAACUCGCUGGGCGAAUUAUUUACUGCCGAUUCGGCCAAAAUUAAUGGCCAUGAGUUCGUUUUUGAUGAACCCUAGCUCGUACACAGAGCCGAAAUUUCCCCCAACCGAAGAAUAUACACAAUCAAGUUAUAUACCUACACACGGAGCAGACUUUUACCGUGCCAGUUUCUCGAAUUUCGGAUACAGUACAAACGGUGAGUCCCAUCGGCGUUACGAUGAAGGGAAAUCACCUAACGGCUCUCCGUUCGCUUGUAACAGCGUACCCCAGGGACCUGCCAACGUCGGGUCGUGUGUUAACGGCUACAGCCAGCCCUCCAUGUCCCCCAGCCCUCCGUCCGUUGCCACACACUGCCACCCCCCACCCUCCUCGAUAUCGACCGGGGGGUCAGGCUCUAGUCCGCCGAAUACUUGUGCGCAGGAGAAGAACGGAGGACAGCCUAUCAUUUACCCAUGGAUGAGGAAAUCACAAACAACCGCAGGCUCGGGAACAGUGUCUUUGAUGCCAGAGUCGAAACGGAACCGAACUGCCUACACGCGCCACCAAAUCCUGGAACUUGAGAAGGAAUUCCAUUUCAACAGAUACCUGACAAGGCGGAGACGAAUUGAGAUCGCUCACACGCUGUGUUUAUCCGAAAGACAAAUCAAAAUCUGGUUCCAGAAUAGGAGAAUGAAAUGGAAGAAAGAGCACAAGCUCCCCAACACUAAAACCAGAAUGUUGGACAAUGGUCUUGAUUCAAAGGGAAACACAAUAGACUUAUCCCACACGGAUUUGACGGCUAUCUGACAUCAUUUCGAUCAUAUUGCAUGUCUAAUUCAUGACCUCUAGUGCUCAUUGCAUUUCCCAAAGAGAUAUCAUUCACACCACACCGUGUCUCAUUUCAUGUUAUUUAUGUUAUUUCACAUGUAUAUUUCUUCAGAUGUUUUUUUCACGUCCAUGAGAAUAUGAAUAUAUGAUUAUUACUCUGA